AGAAAUUAGAAAUUCCCUCCAAGUUUGUCAUAUAGGGUUUGUCCGGGGUUUUGCUAUUCGCAUUCAGCAUCACAGCAUGGCAUCGUCAUCCUCAAGCAACAGCGCAAACUACGACGUACCGUGGGUUGAGAAGUACCGACCCAGCAAGGUCGUCGACAUCGUCGGCAAUGAAGACGCCGUCUCCCGGCUCCAAGUCAUCGCUCGUGACGGCAACAUGCCCAACCUCAUUUUAUCAGGUCCUCCUGGAACUGGAAAAACCACUAGCAUCCUCGCACUUGCGCACGAGCUUCUCGGUCCCAAUUACAGAGAAGCUGUUCUUGAACUAAAUGCUUCAGAUGAUAGAGGAAUAGAUGUUGUGAGGAACAAGAUCAAGAUGUUUGCUCAAAAGAAAGUAACACUUCCUCCAGGCCGACACAAAGUUGUUAUACUCGAUGAAGCUGACAGUAUGACAUCUGGAGCACAGCAAGCUUUAAGAAGGACGAUGGAGAUAUAUUCUAAUUCUACUCGUUUCGCGCUUGCUUGCAAUACAUCGUCUAAGAUUAUUGAGCCGAUUCAGAGUAGGUGUGCAAUUGUGAGAUUUUCGCGACUAUCUGAUCAAGAGAUACUUGGUCGUCUCAUGGUUGUGGUUCAAGCUGAGAAGGUGUGCUGAGUAGAGAGAGAGAGGCAUGAAGUUGUUGACGGCAAUGAUGACCUUCCAGGUAAUGUCGAAGUUGUUGACGGCGAUGAUGACCUUCCAGGUUCAUGAUGGUUCUGUUGUAUGAUACAACAUUGGCAAGCCCUGUAAUUGAUGCCCUACUCAACUGUUGCAGGUGGUAUGCUUCAACUGAUUCAAGAAAGACAAUACAAUCUGGCACUCAUGCUACAAAAUAAUUGCCAAGUUUUGACUUGGAUCCCCUGGUGUGACAAGGAUUUGAAUUUCAUUCUGUCAUGGAUUAUUUCCAAUUGGUAUGGCGUUACUUGUUUUUUUUUGUACAACCUGGUUGGUUGGUCUUCUUGUAGGUAAAUUGUUGGUUGUUGAUUCAUGCAAUGGUCUUGGUAAUUCAAUGGCAAGUUUUGUGGUUUUAGUUCCAUGGUAAGUCAACACACUUCGUGGCUUGGCAUUGAUGAUGCUUCUUGCUGGUUAUGACCUUGGUUUGUAAAGUUGUUCUUUAGGUCAGGACUUUAGUGGGAUAAAUUCUGGCAUGAUGACAGUGUAGUCCGUCCCUAGUCGCCUAAAUCGUUCACGCUUCAGUCUCAUUGAGGCCCAAGCGUGAGGAGUUGGAUUUAGCAACAUCGGGUAAAGGAGGGGUUGGAACUUACAUUGCUGUUGCAGUCUUUUCUUGCUGGUGAAGCAGCAUCGGGCGCGCUGACAUCCACUCUGAGGUUAAUUACAAAAGCUGCAUUUGAAAAUUCUCAGGAGGGUCUUCGCAAU